AUGCCCGAGCUAGCAGAGAUCCACCGCAUUGUUUAUUUCAUUCGUGAGCACCUGGUGGGGAAGACGCUCUCCAAAGUACAGGCACAGCAUGACGACAUUGUAUUUGGCAAAGUUGGCACUAGUGCCGCGGAGUUCGAAAAAGCAAUGCAAGGAAAGAAGAUCGUGGGAGCGGGCCAACAAGGGAAAUACUUCUGGAUCACAAUGUCCUCACCACCACACGCCGUGAUGCACUUUGGAAUGGCUGGCUGGUUGAAGAUCAAGGAUGCCGACACAUAUUACUAUCGAACCGACAAACCUGCUGAUCAGGAAUGGCCUCCUAAAUAUUGGAAGUUCCUGCUAGAGACAAGUGAUGAACCGAAAACAGAGGCGGCAUUUGUGGAUGCCCGCAGACUUGGUCGCAUUAGACUCGUGGAUUGCCCAGCUGAUGAAAUACGAAAUCACACCCCGCUCAAGGAGAAUGGACCCGAUCCUAUCGCCGAUAAAGACACUGUGAAUGAAGCAUGGUUGACAGAGAAGCUGAGAAAGAAGAAAGUGCCGAUCAAGGCCCUUCUACUUGAUCAAGCGAAUAUUAGUGGAAUCGGAAAUUGGAUGGGUGAUGAGAUUCUUUAUCAUGCAAAGAUACACCCAGAGCAAUACAGCAAUACCUUGAACGACGAACAGAUCAAGGCCCUACAUUCCGCCAUUCAUUAUGUCUGCUCAACAUCUGUUGGUGUACUGGCCGACUCAGAGAAGUUUCCCGAGCACUGGCUGUUUAAACACCGCUGGGGCAAGGGCAAAAAGAACCAACCGGCUGCUCUUCCCAACGGCGAUAAAAUCACUUUCCUUACCGUUGGAGGUCGAACGAGCGCUGUUGUCCCAGCUGUCCAAAAGAAGACUGGUGCUGUUGCCAAAGAUAUUGAAGAGGAACCCACGAAAAUGACGCAAACCACUCCAGCGAAUUCGAAACGGAAGCGUGCUCCCCUACCAAAGAAAGAAAGCGACUCAGACGCGGAAGAAGCAACGCAGACAAAGAAACGAGGAACCCCAAAGCAAAAGAAACCGAAUGUAAAGAGGGAGGAUUCUGACGAGGAGAAGCCAAAGCCCGCCGCCGUUGGCAGAAGACGAUCUACCCGCAUGUCUAAAUGA